GGGUGGGCUUGGUGGUGACGCCAGCAUGACGCGCCGGGGCUGUCCGCGACGUCACUGUCGGGCGACCGCGCUCUCGGUUUGUGGGUGCAGUUGGGCGCUAUGAGCGGGGAUGAUGACCUGAAUCUCCUAGUCAUCAUCAUUGACACUAAUCCUAUCUGGUGGGGAAAGCAGAUAAUAGCAGGAGCUGAGUUUACGUUGUCAAAAUGCCUCGACGCAGCCAUGGUGUUGGGAAACUCUCACUUAUUUAUGAACCGUCACAACAAACUUGCUGUGAUAGCCAGUCAUGUACAAGAAAGUCGCUUCCUGUUCCCUGGAAAGCGCUGGGCAGCUGCUGACCUCUUUGGGGAGGCUGCGGGGAACCUUCUAGAAUCCAAUAUUUCUGGCAGCAAAGACGGGAAGUACGAGUUACUGACCACCAUCAAUGAAACUGUUGCGGAGGAGAUCAAGGAUCUCAUGACCACGACUGAAAUAAAAGGCCAGCAGACUGAAACGUUACUGGCGGGGUCCCUUGCCAAAGCCCUCUGCUAUAUUCACAGGAUGUCUAAAGAGGGAAAAGCUGGCCAAGAAAUUAAGUCUAGGAUUUUGGUCAUAAAAGCAGCUGAGGACAGCGCAUUGCAGUACAUGAACUUCAUGAAUGUCAUCUUUGCAGCCCAGAAGCAGAAUAUUUUGAUUGAUGCCUGUGUUUUGGACUCUGAUUCAGGGCUCUUGCAGCAGGCUUGCGAUAUUACUGGCGGUAUUUACUUGAAGGUGCCCCACGUGCCCUCUCUCCUGCAGUAUUUGCUGUGGGUAUACCUGCCUGACCAAGAGCAAAGAUCCCAGCUGAUCCUGCCACCCCCCGUCCACGUGGACUACCGGGCCGCUUGCUUCUGCCACAGGAACCUCAUAGAGAUCGGCUACGUCUGCUCCGUGUGCUUGUCAAUAUUCUGCAGUUUCAGCCCCAUUUGCACCACAUGCGAGACUGCCUUCAAGAUUUCGCUGCCAGCCAUCAUGAAAUCGAAGAAAAAGAAGCUGAAAUUAGCCGUCUGAUG